UUAGUUUUCACUUUUGCAAAUGUCUUUCAUGUCCGUCUUAACCCAGGACAGUCGGAGAUUCCUAACUGCGCCUGUAUUCAGUGUUGCCAUAGCAUACGUCACGCAGCUUCUGAAAAGCUCCGCUGUGUGCUCAUGAGAGAAUGAGAAAGGGCAGGGCAGUGAUGGCUUAGUAUUAUUAUGAAAACAAUUUUAACUGAACGGACCCCUGGAAGGGUCUCGCAGACCACACUUUGAGAACCGCUGGUUUAGAAUAACGUUUUUCUUACUGUAAAAGAAAUUUCAUACGUUUUUCCUUGUGGGAAAAAAAAAACGGAAAAGAAGAAAAUGAAAGCUGCCCGUCAUGUUACAACCCACUGUGUUUGUACUGCCGUGAUGAAGUGUGGCCACUGAUGGGUGGUGUGGAGUCUAGGCAGGUUGGGCCCCUGUAAGUGACCCUCAGGUUUUGAAUGGGGACCAGAAAGCGCUAACGUUCCACAAAGCUGAUGCGGGUUCCUGGUUGCAGGCGGACCUGACCUGACCUGGAACCCUCUCCUUGGCCACUGUCCUUUCUAAGGAACUCACCUUCCAGAGCCCACCUGCACAGACCUGCCAGGGGACCCUCUUAGGAGCUGAGAAAAUGGUGAUCUUCAGGCACCUCUCCCUGGUCGGGAAGGCCGCCCUGGCUGCUGGCACUGUCUUCGUGUCCAUGAUUAUCUCCCGCUCCUACCUGUCCGAGAGCCUCGAGGUCAGGGCCUGGCGUUGGCUGUUCCGCCUGCAGCUUGCCCUGUUUGCCAACUCGCUCAUGCUGAUCGGCUCCCUCUACAUCUGGCGUAGCAUUGUCAGCAACCUUAGCCAUUCCCCGGCCUCACAGUCGGCCUGUCUUCAUCUUUGGAAGAUGGCAGUCGUGGCCUUUCUGGCCCUGGCCCACUCCAGUUUCUUCACCAUGCUCUUUUUAGUGGCCGAGGAGCCCUACCUCUUUUCCUUGGCCGCCUACUCCUGCCUCGGGGCGUACAUCAUCAUGCUCUUCUUCCUCUGUACCCUCAGCGGCAUGGAGCAGGCCUACCAGCUCUUGGCCUGGCGCAGUGGUCGGGUCGUGGGCAGCCUGGACAAGACAAGGAAGCUGGCGCUCAGGCCGGCCCUGGCAGUGGCCGUGACCGCCGUGCUCAGCGUAGCGGGGCUGCUGAAUGCUGCCCAGCCCCCGGCGGUGAAGACCGUGGAGGUGCCCAUCCAUCAGCUGCCCACCUCGAUGGACAACCUCAAGAUCGUGCUCCUCUCAGACAUUCACUUGGGCCCCACCGUGGGCAGGACCAAGAUGGAGAUGUUCGUGAGGAUGGUGAACGUGCUGGAACCGGAUGUCACGGUGAUCGUGGGGGACCUCUGCGAUUCAGAAGCCUCAAUCCUGCGGACGGCUGUCGCUCCUUUAGGCCAGCUUCAUUCACGCCUGGGCACCUACUUCGUCACCGGGAAUCACGAAUACUACACGUCAGAUGUCAGCAACUGGUUUGCGCUGCUGGAGACCCUGAAUGUCAGGCCGCUGCACAAUGAGAACGUGAAGAUUUCUGCCACCCGGGCCCAGCGUGGUGGUGGCGGCGAGGAUGACGACUGGAUCUGCUUGGCCGGCGUGGAUGACAUUGAAGCAGACAUCCUGCACUACUCUGGCCACGGGAUGGAUCUUGAGAAGGCGCUGGGGGGCUGCAGCCUGGACCAUACCACCAUCUUGCUGGCUCACCAGCCCCUGGCUGCCAAGAGAGCCCUUCAGGCUCGGCCGGAUAUUAACCUGAUCCUUUCUGGGCACACACAUGCUGGGCAAAUCUUCCCCUUGAAUGUGGCGGCCUAUCUCCUGAACCCCUUCUUUGCUGGUCUCUACCAAGUGGCUCAGACCACAUUUGUAUACGUCAGCCCAGGCACGGCCUACUAUGGGAUCCCCAUGAGAUUGGGGAGCAGGGCAGAGAUCACGGAGCUCAUCCUGCAGCGGGCUCCUUGAACCUGGCCCCGCCCUCAUCCUCUGCCCUUGCCCUCAUUCUCUGUCCCUCUUCAGGGUGGGUUGCCUGCUUGACGCCCUCCAGCCUUUCCUGCCCAGCCCUGCUGACACACCCUGGCCACAGGCUGGUUGGAACAGUGAUUUGUGGUGGGGCUGCCUGACAGGUUAGCUCUGUAGAUGGCCAGUUGCUUUCUUACAUGCAUUUGUGAGGCCACUGAAGUCACAUGCAUAAGAACGGGCAUCUAUUGUCCAGAUGAUGUGGAGUAAACCCCCCUCUCUGCAGAACUCCCAGGAAUAAACUGAAAGAAACAUGGGGUUGCUUGAAAGGGAUGCCUCUAGGAAGCAGAGUAGGGAAGGAACUCUGAGUGCCUUUCAAACCCUCUUUGGGACUUAGGCAGUUGCCAGAAUCAUUGAUGCAGAGCUUUCUGGGUAAGGGGCAUGUUGCUAGUAAUCUGGGAGAGCAGGCGAGAUGGAGGCCCCUUUGGCUGCUGGAGAAGAAUUUAUUUUCCCUGUUGGUUCUCUCAGAGUCCCUCUAUUGAGAGAAUUGGCAAAACCUGCUGGAAUACAGAGCUCAUCUUCUUCCAGACCUUGAGUGAUGCUAUUCCUGUCUGCUUCUCCUGGGCCUUGGGGGUUGGGGGUGGGGUGGGAAGAAACAGAGCACCUUGGUAGGUGAUGGUAAUAGUGCUGCCUGGGGACUCAGAGGGUGUUUGCCUCCUUUUAUACAAUCGGGUGAGGUCACCCUAGGGACAGGCUGCUUUUCCCUAUUUAGAAAUGAGGAAAGGAGGCAAAGGGCAUUGGCAACAUGACAGGGAGUUUCUGGGGUGGAAACCACGUCUUCUACCUCCCAAAGAAAGUGUUCUCUCCACUAUCUGGUGGUUCAGGGUUCAGACAGUUACCAGAAGUCAGAGAACAAGGACCUAGAACCUGAUAUUCUUUUCAAAGUGGUUUGCUUGAGCCUAAUUUCACUUCACUUGUGUAACUACAUGGGCUGGUUUCAGUUCAGUGUAGGAUGUCUGUUAUGUUAGAGGAAGAGUCAGGAAACUGGAGUCCCACCCCAGGCUUGGGUCUGACUUUUUUUUUUUUUUUUUUUGGUGGGAAACAGGCUCCCUCUCUCCCAGUGGGGAAGUUGCAUGGGGAGUGGCAGGCCCCUGUGCUCCAGCAGGGCCUUGAGGCCUUGCCUCCGGCUGGGCCCCGGCUGUGGAGUGCUGGGACCAUCCUUCCUACCAGACGGCUUCCAGUCCCCUGGCCUGACCUCCGUAGAACUGCCCUAGGACUCUGGCCACAGAACCAUAGGGCCAUCUCUGCUGGCCACUGGACCCACAGGAAAACAACCAGAGGCUACCGUGACUGGCCCUUGUGCCAGAACCAAGAGACCCUUUGCCCCUGGGGUAGCAAUAAGCAGUCCUGUUAGGAAAGGCCUCUCUGAGGAGACUGAGGACCUGGGCUCAGCGUUGACAUGUUUGUGACCGAGAUUCUUUCUCCAACGGGGACCACGGGCACCGCUCUGACGGGCGAGGCCCACCCUGCUGCUCCCCGCCAGGCAGUGUGGGCAGGUGACUUGACCUCCCUGAGCCUCGGUUUCCCUCGCCCUAAAAUGGGGAUAACGAUCAUGUCUACCUCAAGUCUGUCUCGUGGGGAGGGUCCUGAGACUUGUCAGUGUGAGUUGCACGUGGCACAGUCACCAUGGAAGCACUCAGUGUUGUUAAUUUGUAAACAUAGUGGGGCUUGCAAAGGAACUGUGUUGGGUGCGGGUGCCCCAGGGGUUUAUGGAGCAGACAAACCUGGGGGACGUGAGUGGGUCCCGGGCCGCCUGCUGCCGGGCACAGUGAUUUGUGGGCGUUUGCUGUGUCCUUGGCCUGUGUUAUGUCUCCUGUGCAUGCUCUGCCUGGUGGAUAAUGGGAUCCUGAAGACCACCCUUCCUAUUUCUGAAGUGUUGACAGCAGGCCUUCCUGCCAGUGCAGUGUGACUGAUUCCUCUCCAUUAGAAACAGAACAGGCCCACCUUACCUGUCCAAGGAGUAGUCCUGCUUGGCUUGUGUUCCAUGGUGUGGUGGGUGUUUCCCAGCAGAAACUUCUCCGUUACCGUCCAGACAGGGCCCUGAAGGGUCGCUCGCCGAGGCACCGUCCGCACCUCUGUUCUUCGCCCGUUUACCUUCUUCUUUUGUUUAUGGCUAGAGGAGGUGGAGAGAAAUAUUUACUUGGAGCUUGACAAUUCUUUCAAUUUUAUUUUAGUUUAUUAUUAUUUUUUUAAUCUGUAAAUGCAAGUUAAAAUGAAACGUUUUUAAGAAAUUAACAAUGGCAUGUGUAGUGUGAUCCUAUUAUUGUAAAAUGUCAGUGCAUUAGUCCCACUGUCAUCCAUUCCAAACAUCCCUCCAUCUUUUUCCCCUUUGUUGAAACUUUUUAUUGUGAAAAUUUUUAAAUUUUCGUGAAGUACACAGAACAACCUCCUGAACCUCCGUGGGCUCACCACCCAGCUUCCACAGCUGUGACUGUUCUGCUGUUCUUUUCUCAUUUAUCCCUGCCCCACACUGUUUUUCUUUUUUGGCUGCACAAUAUUAAACAAAACCUUAGAAAAUAUAAUUUUACCCCCAAAAUACUUCCUUAUGAAUCCUUUCUAGAAAAGUAUAUACAUAAUGCUAUUAUAUCCAAGGAAACUAACAGUAAUUCUUUAAUAUCACCUACUAUCUAGUAGGAGGUUUGGGGGCUAGAAGCCAGGUCUUCUACUUCUCAAUACAAGUGUUGUUUUCCACUGAGGGUUAAGCAACUGUAUCUGUUACAGGUGAGUAACAGGAUUCAAAUACAGUUUACUGUCUAAAGAGUUAGUAUUCAGUUGUUCCUGCUUAUCCCCAUUGUCUCUUCCCCAACCCCCCAACCUGGUAAAAAGCACAUAGCAUAAAAUUUAGCAUUUUAAUGAUUUUUAAGGGUAUAGUUUAGUAGUGUUAAGUAUAGUCACACUGUUGUGAAACAGGUCUCCAGAGCUUUUUUAUCUUGCAGAUCUGAAACUCUAUACCCAUUAAACAAUAGCUCCUCUUUUCCCCUUCCCUCAGCUCCUAAUAACCACCAUUUUACAUUCUGUUUCCAUGAAUUUGACUCCUCUGGGUACCAUAUAUAAGUGGAAUCAUGCAUUGUUUAUUUGUGAUGGCUUAUUUCACUUAGCACCAUGUCCUCCGUGUUCAUCCAUGUGGUAGCAUGUGACAAGACUGCCUAAGGCUGAAUAAUAUUUCUUCGUAUGUGUAUAUCACAUUUUGUUUAUCCAUCCAUCAGUGGACAUUUGGCUUGCUUCCACCUUUUUUUUUUUUUGUCUACUGUGAAUAAUGCUGCUGUGAACAUGGGAGUGCAAAUAUCUCUUCAAGACUCUGCUCUCUAUUCUUUUGGAAAAAUACCCAGAAGUCAGGUUGCUGGAUUAUAUAGUUCUGGUUUUUCAUUUUUUUGAGGACCUUCCAUACUGUUUUCCAUAGUUGAACCAUUUUAUAAUCCCACCAGCAAUGCACAAAGGGUCUGAUUUCUCUCCAUUUUCACAGAACUAGUUACUGCUUGUUUGUUUUUUUGUUAGUAGUGUGAGGUGAUAACUUACUGUGGUUUUGAUUUGCAUUCCUCUGAUGAUUAGGGAUGUUGAGCAUCUUUUCAUAUGUUUGUCGAUCAUGUUUGUAUAUCAUCUUUGGAGAAAUGUCUAUUUAAGUCUUUCCCCAUUUUAAAAUCAGGUUAUUUGACUUUUUGUUGUUGUUGAGUUGUAAGAGUUCUUUUUAUAUUCUGUAGUACAGGCCCAUUGCAAGAAGAUUCCUGCAAGAAUAGGGCUUCCUGCUGCCCGAGUGAAGCAGAGAAGGAAGCGAAACCUGCCGAGGCGAGGCGGGCUUUGCUCCCACCUCCACCAGCCCCGCCCCCGUCCCCACCUUGCUUGUCCGCAGCUUCGCUCCCUUCUGCAGCGCUUGGCUUCCUUCUAC